AGUACUCACAAGCUCUAGCAGAGCCCAUCCUGUGAGAGGUCUCUUGCAUUUAACUACAUAUAGAUCUCUACAACCUAUAAACAUGGAUAACAGGUGUAAUUGUGCAGCCAACAGCGACAGGCUCUCAAAUCCCAUCCUCUACAACAUCCUGAGCCAGAUGGAUAACUGCAAACCGAACCAGAACUGCUUCAACUACAACUCAACAAUUCAUAGAUGCAACUGUGAGCUGCGACGGACAGUGUGCUUGAAAAGGCCGUCUGAGAUCUGCAAACAAGCGUCGGCAGUUCUGGUUAAAACUAUCCAUUUCAUGAAGAACUUACCUGCUUUUAACCAGAUGCCACCAAACGACCAGUUCUCGCUUCUCAAGAGCUGCUGGGCCCCGCUCUUCAUCUUGGGUCUGGCCCAGGAGCAUGUGGACCUUGAGGUGACGGACACACCUGCUGACAGCAUGCUGAAAAAGAUCCUCCUCAACCGUCAGGAGAGCCCCGAGAUGGAGAUGGAGCAGCCCACCAUGGCUGGGGUCAGCAAACUGCAGUCCUGCCUCAGAAAGUUUUGGAGUUUGGAUUUGAGUCCAAAGGAGUAUGCAUACCUCAAAGGGACCACAAUAUUUAAUCCAGAUGUUCCAGAUUUAAAGGCAGCUCUGUUUGUUGAAGGCUUGCAACAAGAGGCUCAGCACGCCCUCAGCCAGGUGGUCCAGCUCCUCCACCCGGGCGACCAAGAGCGCUUUGCUCGGAUCCUCCUCACAGCCUCCAUGCUGCAGAGCAUCACGCCCAGCCUCAUCACUGAACUCUUCUUCCGGCCUGUGAUAGGCCAGGCCGAUCUGCUGGAGCUGUUGGUCGACAUGCUCUUCUGCAGAUAGAAGUGGACGUGGGAGGACUUCAUGUCACUGUCCUGGAUAAAGUUGAAUCCAAUGUUUUUAGCGGUGGUGAAGAUGCAGAACUUUUCGUUGACAUAAAGGAAUGAACGACAGUGGACUGCUCAAAAAAGCACUUACAAUAGCCGACAAAAACAAUAUGAGACUGUGAAUUACUUAUAUUUACAUUGAAGCUCAGGUCACUUUAGCCCAGUCUGAAAAUCUUUCUUGAAGUGGAAACUUUCCACAUAAAGACAGACUGCACCUGCUGUUAAUAUCUUAUGUUGAAGAUCUCUUCUGUUUGCUUCAAUGUUGUAAAUAAGUGUUAUCUGCAUUUACAGAACAUUUCAAAUAAAUAUAUUU